AUGGUUUCUAAGGAAGCCCUACGCAUCCUAGGCCUCUUGGCCAUUGUUGUUAUAAUCUCCACAGAAGUGGCAGCUAGGAACUUGGAUGUGGGUGAUAUCAAAUAUAACAAAAAUGCUUGCCCGAAUGGAGUGGGUCCCAACUGCUUUAUUCCUGGUUUUGGUAUUCCUGGUUUCGGUAUGCCCGGCGGGGGCAUGCCUGGUGGUGGAGCGCCUGGCGGUGGUGCUCCAGGCGGGGGUGCGCCCGGUGGUGGUGCACCCGGUGGUGGAGCUCCUGGCGGAGGUGCUCCCGGUGCUGGUGCUCCUGGAGGAGGUGCUCCCGGAGGAGGUGCUGCUCCUGGCGGAGGUGGUUACGAUGAGGUUAAAGAGAAAAAAGAUGUGGGUGAUAUCAAAUAUAACAAAAAUGCUUGUCCGAAUGGAGUAGGUCCCAACUGCUUUAUUCCUGGUUUUGGUAUUCCUGGUUUUGGUAUGCCAGGCGGGGGCAUGCCUGGUGGUGGCAUGCCCGGUGGUGGUGCUCCUGGCGGUGGUGCGCCCGGAGGUGGUGCUCCUGGUGCUGCGCCCGGAGGUGGUGCUCCUGGUGCUGCGCCCGGAGGUGGUGCUCCUAGUGCUGCGCCUGCCGGAGGUGGUCACGGUGGGGGGAAUGGUCUGGGGGCUUAG